AUGGCUGCAAGUUCAAAGAGUAACAUGUCCUCUAAUGGUAUAAUCACUCUUAAAUAUGGACACGGUCUUUCAAUGAAGGCGUUCAUUUCAAAGUCUGUUACAAAUCCUGGUAGAAAAUAUUGGAAGUGCAAAAUUUGGAGGAAAGAAGAAGACUGCCAAUUAUUUUAUUGGGAUGAUGAGUACUUUGGUUCUAUUGAUAGGAAGAGAAUUGAGAAAGAUGAUGAUGGUUAUAGUAGAUGUGAUGUCAUGAUAGGGUAUUUGAGAAAAUUCGGAAAGGAUUUUGGGAAGAAAUUUGGAAGAGAAUUUGGGACAGAACUGUGUUCUAAGGAGAUGGAAGAUAUGAAGAAAAAGUUAGAGAGCACAAGGAAGAAGCUGGAAUUUGUAGUUGUAGUACUUAUUUGUUCUUGA